GAAUCCACAGAUGUGGUGUGGCCCCAUGGCACCCCAGCAGCCUCCCUAAAGCCAUGCUGGGCUCCCCCUAGGGGCAGCAGCCCCCUGUCCUGGCUGAGGGGCAUGGGGGCAGGUGUAAUCUCAGGGCUUCCUCAUUCUCUUGCAGCAAGCCCAACGCACAAUCACCGCCGGGCCUGUCUAAAGAUGAAGGUGUUUGUGUGCUGCACCUCCACCUCGCACUCCGGGGAGAAGUCGGUGCCCACUCUCCCGCAGUUCACCAUGGGGCCUGAGGUGAAGAUUGAGGACUUGGAUAACUUUAACCCCGAGAACCCCAAGCUGGAGAAAAGCAUCAGCGGCACCAGCCCCAAGCGGGAACACUUGCCACUGGCCGUGGCCGCUGCGUUUUUCCUAAUGUCGCUCUUGGCCUCCUAGCCUGGCAUCGGCUGGCCGGGGGGGCCUGGGCACGGCUCUGCACAGCAGCUGCCUCCGUCCCCGGCACUGGGACUUUGUCAGUAGCUGUUUGGAAAAGACAGAAGGGGGCAAGACAGGGGGAAUCCAAGCCCCCCACUGCCCUGACACGGAACUGCAAGGCCAUGCUCUCUGCACUGCUGCAGCCAGAGACCCACUUGAGCCCCCCCACCGUGGGGGGGGGGGUGCAGCAGGGCGCUGGAGGGACGUAGACUGGCCUGGGAGCUGCUGCGUGAGGACCAGGAGGGAGUUUGCCCUGUCCCCUCACUUGCCUGAGCACGGGAUCUGCCCCGGACUCCAGCGACUGUCUCCUGUGGGGACUCGACUCAGCCCUUCUGGGAGUGGGGCAUCCUGCGUGGCGAACCUGUGUCACAGCCCCCACCGCGUCCUGGCUGCCUCCUGCCCACAUGGCAAACACAUGGGGUGUCUGCAUCCGUCCCAUUGCCUGGUGGCUCCACAUGG